AUGCUUCUGCCUUUAGUGAGUAUUAUUUUAAGCUUAAUAAUUAUGUUUUCUCGUACAUGGUUUUGGGCGCAAAGAAGGCUGCCUUUUUAUCCAAUAAAUCCAAAGAAUCCACUUGUUUUUUUUGAAAUUUCCAUUGGAGCUCAACCUGCAGGGCGGGUUGAAAUGGAGCUAUUUAAGGAUGCUGUACCAAAAACUGCGGAAAACUUUCGGGCGUUAUGUACUGGUGAGAAGGGCGUUGGGCGUUCUGGAAAGGCGCUGUGUUAUAAGGGGAGCAAGUUUCACCGCGUUAUUCCUCAGUUUAUGUGUCAGGGAGGGGAUUUUACGAAUGGAAAUGGCACAGGGGGUGAGUCAAUCUAUGGAAUGAAGUUCCUGACGAGUCUUUUGCUGG